CAUGUCCUCUCCCAGCGCCACCUCCAACCCUCUGCGCACCAAGAGGAAGACGAAGAAGAAGCACUUCGUGCAGCAGAAAGUGGAGGUUUUCCGAGCCGGUGAGCCGGUGCUGAGCGUCCUGAUGUGGGGCGUCAAUCACUCGAUUAAUGACCUGAGCCAGGUGCCUGUACCUGUCAUGCUGCUUCCUGACGACUUCAAAGCCAGCACCAAGAUCAAAGUGAACAACCACCUCUUCAACAAAGAGAAUCUUCCAGGCCUGUUCAAAUUCAAAGAGUACUGCCCACAGGUGUUCAGAAACCUGCGAGAGCGCUUUGGAAUCGAGGACCAGGAUUACCAGGUGUCUCUGGCCCGCAGUCCUCCGCUCAAAGACGAGGACGGCCAGCGCGUGGGGCUGCUGCUGACGUCAUACGACCGCACCUUGGUGGUGAAAGAAAUCUCCAGUGAGGAGGUGGAGGAAAUGCACAACAUCCUCUCUGAGUAUCAUCAGCAUAUUGUCACCUGCCACGGCAAUACGCUGCUCCCUCAGUUCCUGGCCAUGUACAGAGUCACUGUGGAGAGCGAGGACACCUACCUGCUAGUUAUGAGGAACAUGUUCAGCCACAGGUUGCAUGUACACAGGAAGUACGACCUCAAGGGGUCGCUGGUGUCUCGUGAAGCAAGUUUUAAAGAGAAGGUGAAGGAGCUGCCCACUUACAAAGACGUAGACUUCAGGAAUAACAUGCAGAAAGUUUACGUGAGCGAUGAGGAGAAGGAGAAGAUCAUGGACAAGCUCAGCAGAGACAUCGAGUUUCUGGUGCGUAUGAGGAUCAUGGACUACAGCCUGUUGCUGGGCAUCCAUGACGUGGAGCGGGCUGAGAGGGACGAGGAGGACGAGGAGGAGAUGGAGUCGUCCUGUGAAGAAGAAGAGGAGGAUGAAUACGACCUGGCCCCUGCUCCGGGCUCCACCUCUCCUGAGGGCAUCAGCGGCUACAUGAACUCCUUCAAACCCAUGGGCCCUGGGGAGUUUGACCCUUAUGUGGAUGUGUACGCUGUUCAGAGCGCUGUAGGUGCACCGCAGAGAGAGGUGUAUUUCAUGGGUCUGAUUGAUGUGCUGACGCAGUACGACACCAUGAAGAAAGCUGCUCACGCUGCCAAGGCUGUCAAACACGGGGCAGGAGCAGAAAUCUCGACCGUCCACCCGGAGCAGUACGCUAAACGUUUCCAGGAGUUCAUUACCAAGAUCUUUGCCUAGUUCAAGGAUUCAAUCCAGGCUGGAGACUCACUAUGCAAUACUUACUGUGCGUCACCUCAAGUCAACAUUAAGAAGAGCUGAAAAUUUACUGUUAAUUUCUAAAUGAUCUGCCUGGUUUUGGAGCAUUUAACCCUCCAUUUCAUUCUGUACAGUGAGAUGCAUUUUAUUUUGAAGGAAAAUUAGAAGAAUUAGCCAGAGAUAAACGAUUGCUAAAAAGAAAUCUCAUAAACACCUCUGACACAAAUGUGGUGGUUGGUGGGGGUGGAGAUGAUGAGAAAAACAUGUUUUCUCAACACAUUGUUGGUUGCUGUGUCCAUCUUUGCUUCAAUGUAAAUCUCACCCACUGCUGCUUGGGAGAGGGAUUUAUGUGUUGCUCUUAUAUAUUAAUUUGUGACUCCCUCUUUUCCCACCAGUGACAGCACAAGAACAUAAUUUGGGUAAAACUGGGCAGAUCUGCAGGGUCUCAAUUAGAAACAAUUCAAUGCUAAUCUCCCUCACAGCACCAAUGUGUGAUUUAAGCUGUUAAGACGGAUGUUAUCUUAUAGGAAAUGUUGCCAAAUGCAGAUUUACCCUUAACAUCUACUGAAAGCUGUUUUCAUAAAGAGU